AUGGCCAGGAAGAAACGGUCUGUACAUUUUCCCAUCGUGGGUUCGGUGUUCCCGAAUUUGAGGACUGUUACUCAAUUAAAGAAGCUAUGGACUAAUUUAAAACAAUCUCAGAGAGAAGCAUUAACAAGAGAAAAGCAAUCAUAUUUGGCAACCGGUGGGGGACCACCACAAGUACAAGUAUAUAUUGAUCCUGAUAUUUCCAAUAUAGCACCACAUCUUAUGAAGACAGCACCUGUUUCAUUUACAUCAAAUAUGUGUGACACAGAAAUCAAUGUUAAUCGAGACUUAAUGUUUAAAGUAAUAGCUACCUGUGAUAAUCAAAGUAUAGAAUUGGAUUCAGAUAAUGAAGAUUGUAUAAAUACACACAAUAUAGAAACUGUGCAAGAUUUAUUUAGUUCUACGAAGAAGGAUGAUACAUUAACAACUUUGUAUAGUGGAGAAAAACAACAAACAAAUAUGCAAAAAGAACAACUAUCUGAUGUAUUGGAUAAUGAAAAAUUAAAACAAACACGUUCUUUAAAACGAAAAACACAACAGAAAUUAAAUUGUCAAACACAGAAGAAACAUUACGUAUGGAACGCAUAAAACGAGUAAUGGAACAAGAUCAACAACUAGCACAUACUAAACAAAAGCAUGAAGAAAGUAUGAGUAACAUGAAAACAAAUCAUUUAAAUGAAAUUCAUAAUUGAGAAUUGCAACACUUAAAACGGAUGCAAACUUUGGAAAUAGAAAUAAAACAAGCACAAC